GUUCAUUUUGCGAAUACGGUGUUUAUGGAGCCAAUUGACGGUAUUGAGAAUUCGCUGAAACGACGUUGUCGGUUACGAUGUAUGGUUUGUAAACAGAAAAUGGGCGCGUGUCUUCAGUGUUCAAAGAAAUCGUGUACGCGAUCGUAUCACGUUACGUGUGCUCGUGCGGCCGGUAUGGAGUUGCGCGCAGAAGAAGUGAAGAAUCCAACGAAUGAGUGGGGCACCGAUGUCAAAUAUUUAUCGUUUUGUCACUUUCAUUCAAAUCCACUCAAUAAGUUUGAAGCACUGAUGCGGUUAGCACGACAGCAAUUGCAGUCAAAUGAGAAUAUCGCGCCGACCAUCUCGAUACCAGUCGUUCCAUCGAACAAAGUUGAAGAAAUUCGAACAAAACUGAAAAUAAAUGCAGAAAUAAUGCAUCGUUUGUUGGUCUAUUGGACAAUUAAGCGAAAAUCACGAAGUGGUGUACCUCUUCUUAAACGAUUGAUGGUAUGUAGAGGGUUUUGUUCGGUUCUUCGAAAUUUUGGUAUCGUUGCUUUUUGUUUGUUGGGUAUCGAUCAAAUUCGUGAAAAUGAUAUGGCUCAUGCUAUGAAUAUUAUAAUGUUGAGUCAACUGAUUGUGUCGAAAAUCACUUCAGCAAACCAAAAUCAUUUCACGUGA